UCGACUUUUGUCUUCCGGAUUCCAGCCGAACUUUCAUUUCACAUUUUCACGCCUACUACUGCUGUUUUCUCCGUUCUGUUUAUUACAUUGGGUCGGGUCGGACCGCAAAAGCAAUGGAUUUUGCCUCAAAGGUGCUAUCGUUGUCAGUUUCUUAGGCGCAUUUUUUUUCAGAUUUUUAUUGUUCUUAGUCCACAACUUGAGGAAGCAAAGUUAUGUGACGGAAUCACAGAACUGCAACUACAAAACUACUUGGUACCUUCAUUGCCUCUCUCUUGCCUCGUGGACGACGACUUCAUUGCUGGAUUUUGCCAUAGAGGUUCUCUUUCUUCUACUUUCUCUUCAUGGUUUGGUCUGAUUUUAGAUUCAUGCUUCAUGGUCGACGCUUCAACUCCCAAUUUGGCAAUGCUUUCCUGCUUUCAUCCAAAUUUUUACAGUGUUGGCAUUUGCUUUAUUUUAGGUGUCGUUGAUAUCAUUCCUUUGGCUCAUCAUAAUGAUCUGGAGGUCUUCGUUAGGAAAAACAUGCUUACCAUCAAUAUGUCGGCUUCCGUCUACUCCGCCUUUGGGUUGGCAGGUGUCAAGUUUAUGUGCAACAACCGAAAAAUGUAUCACUUUAACAUUCAUCUGGGUUGGCCGACCUUCAAGCGCAAUGACAACGCCCAUAUGCGAUUGCGUAACUUCUUCAAUAGUGAAGAGGUCACGUCUCGACGCCCACCUGGACCCUGCGUGGUGCGCUGGGCGGUGAACAAAAAUAUCGACUGGACGCGAGUUGAGAAUGGAGGACUGCCAGAGGCACCGCAUCCCUACUCCUUGGCCCGCUUCCUGGCCCCCGACUUCCGCAUUGCUAUCCCGACAGUGGAGGUUUGCAACCUAGAGGCCGGAGCUGAAGUCCCGCGAUUCAUUGAAGCUAACUCCUCUGUCGAUCAUCCAUCGGGCUCCUCGGUCGACCACGAAUCUGCUCGCAUCGCGCACUCCACUCUUCAACAGAUGGCUGCUGGCGUCUAUCCUGCAAAUGACAGUUACUUGUCUCCUUUGUCUUCUCGUCGUGUGUCAGCCUUCGCACCGGGUGAGGCGAUUUGCCUGCGGGGCGCAACGAUCCUCACAAUUUCUGGCAUCUUCACUCUAGAACAAUGUCAGAAGUUGGAAGACCUGCUGACGCAAGUUCAAGUUAAUCUAGUCGAUGUUGAUAGCUCUGUUCUUUGCUUUACCCUUGACUCGUUGUGCUUUAGUGAAGUUGUGCGCACCAGUCCGUCGGAGAACUCAGUGGCCUUUUUUGCAAGCCGUCAAAUUGAGUCCGAUUGGUUCCCCUCAAUUACGGAAAAAAAGAAGGAUGGUCACUCCCCUGUCUUCUUCCAAAAGCUCCUAGCUCCUGUGUUUACGGCCAGUCGGCCGUACGUGCUAACGUUAAACUUUGUGCCUGAGUUAACCUGCGAAAUUAAAGAGUAG